AUGACGGUCACGACCACCGCCCCCGAUAAGAGCACGGGUACCUACCAAGUCGUCCGCGAGACCAUCGACAUCCUCUUCGACUACGCGGACACCGAAGUGCGCAGCGUGCACAAGUCACUCGCCGAAGCCAACGAUGCGGCGAGGAAGGACCUGUUGACGGAGUACUCCGUCGGGGAACUGGACGAGUGCGAGGAGGCAAUCGGGAUUGAUGGGAGUGUCCGCAUCAAUGCUAGGUUUUUUCCUCCCGCCACCCCGCACUUGACGCCAAUUCUAACGGAAACGGGGGAUGAUAUAUAGCACCGCGGAAGUAGAUCUAACGAUAUCGGUCCGACACAUCCCCCCCCACCCUCACCCCCACAACUACCACCACCACCACCUUUCGACGACGACGACGACGGAGGGGGAGAACUACGUGUACACAAUCACCCGUACGGAUUCCUCGAGUACCAGACACAGCACCGCCUUCCUUGGCGUCUACAGUUCCGAGGAUAGGGCGAACGAGGCGGCGGAGAGGGAAUUGCGCUGCGCGGCCGGCAUCAGGAAUUGGCGGGAUCGGAGGAGGUUCCGGGGGGGCUUUCGGGAGGGCUACGGGCUCAAUGGCUGCUUCGAGGGGGCCGCCACCCUGGGCAAGGGGGAGGAGGGGGUUUCCCGGGAGGAGGUCACGGUCGUCGUCGAGAGGAGGGUUUUGUACGGGUGA